GUGUGUGUGUGUGUGUGUGUGUGUGUGUGUGUGUGUGUGUGGUACAAGCUGCUAUACUCUGAAUCAUGACUUGGCACUUUUAUGUUUGGUUUGAGUUCUAACUUGUUAAAUCUGAAGUCAUAUGCUGCUAAUCAAAGUCUUCUUGUGUGUCUGUGUUCUGCUGGAAUCUCUUCCCAUGAGUCAGGUGGUCUCUGCAGCUCCUCAGACAGCUGCCCGGUGGUGAUCCGAUACAGCAAAGACCAGCGGCCCACCACUCUGCCCAUCCAGCCCUUCACCUUCCACCACCAGUUUGCCUCCAAGCCCCCACAGCCCAAACCUGUGCUGCCGCUGCUCUCAGGUUACAUCUCUGGGAUGCAGGCCCGUUCUGGUUCUGGUGGUUCAGAAGAGGAGGAGAGUGAAGAUGUGGAUAAAAAUGUGCACAAGUAUCAGGCAGGUCACACUGCGGCAGCGCCUCCUCCCGGAUCUGUACGACCCUCACCUCUGGGCAGCUAUUCUCCAGUUCGCCUCCAAGGGGCACCGAGCUCCGGGACCUGCUCUACCUGUACCCCGAGCCCUCAGCCUGCACACAGUGUCUCCUGUCCACUCUCUGUGGGCCUCGGCCCCCUGCAUUCCCCGCCAGCCACAAAACAAAGCACGGCGCUGCCCCCUACCCCGCUGCCCCCUUCACUGGGGGUGAAGAAGGUGAUGGUGCCGCCGCCGGUGCAGGGUCAGUGCUUCCACCGAGGAACUCUGCACAGCGACACACUGAGCCUCCUGGGAUGCAUUGACUCAGCAAAGCACAGGGAUGGAAGCAAAGGGCCCGGAACCCGAAGCCACAACGUGCACCACCUCUCCCCUCAGGCUCUGAAAUGGCGAGAGUACCGUCGCCGGAACCCUCUGGGAGUGGAGAGGUUCUCUGGUUGUCUGGAGCCCCGAAAGUCCGGAGGACUACGACCUGCCAGACGCAAUGUGUUUGAUUUCCCAUCAGCACCCUGUGGCGAUGCACUGAGGCGGCUCCAUGUGAGCCAGCAGAGCUGCAGCGAGCUGCUGCCCGAGUAUUUCUCCCUGACUGAGAAGCCCCCAGAAGAGUUCUGCCUCUCCCCGGAUGCCUCCUCAUCGUCCUCAAAGUCUCACAUCUCCGUUGACCUGAAGCAGAAAAGAGCUCUGGUGAAGGCCGUGAACAUGGCGGUUGACCUGAUUGUGGCGCACUUUGGCACCAGUCGAGACCCGGAUGUAAAGGCAAAGUUGGGGAACAGCUGGGUAAGUCCAAAUGUGGGUCAUCUGAUCUUGAAGUACCUGUGUCCGGCUCUGCGUGAGGUUCUGCAGGAUGGUCUGAAGGCUUACGUGCUGGACCUGAUCAUAGGACAGCGCCGCUGUCAGCCGUGGAUCCUGGUGGAGGCAUCCACACAGCUAGGUCCAUCUACACGUGUUCUUCACAGCCUGUUCUCAAAGGUCAGCCAGUAUUCGGAACUGACCAGCCACAGCAUGAGACUCAAUGCCUUCAUCUUUGGUCUUCUCAACCUGAAGUGUUUGGAGUUCUGGUUCAAUCACCUCUACACACAUGAAGACAUUAUUGCAGCACACUAUAACCCGUGGGGUUUCCUUCCCCUGUCGCAGGGGGUGUGUCAAAACCUCUUUGAGGAGCUCCUGCUGUUGUUGCAGCCACUGUCACUCCUCCCUUUUGACCUGGAUCUGAUGUUUGAGCCGCACCUUCUCCAGAAGGGCCAGGAGCAUCUACGCCGCAAGGAACAACUGUGUUCUGCAGGCCAGAGUGUCGACCUGUCAACUCGCUCCACCUUUCAGCUCAUGCAGGGGUGGAGCACCACUAUGAGCGAAUUAGUGAGGGAGGGCGUGGACUCGAGAACUGAGGUCAAGAAAGAAAGGGCAGAGCUUAGACGAGAAGGAACCUGGCCAAGCAUGGAAAGGACCGGGUCAAGAAGAGGGACAGCAGGAGUAAGAUCCAGUGUGAGGAGUGUCGGAGCAGCAGCUGAGAGUUUGACUGGACCUGUUGGAGGAUCAGUGGAAGUAGAGUUGGAUAAUCUGUGGAAAGAGAGGGGACAUGGUGGGCGGCGUGUGAAAGGUGUAGGACAAGAAAGCCAAGAAGAAAGUGAGGACAAGCGAUGGGAAAAAGACAGAGAUCUGGCUGAUGAUGGACGGCAGAGACAUAACAGACAAGCUGGCUGGUGGUAUCAGCUCAUGCAGUCCUCCCAGGUCUACAUCGACCAAUCCACUGAGGUGUCAAAGUUCAUCAAGUCUGAGAAGAGGAAAAAGUUCUCAGAGAGACGCCAGGGGUCACUACCACCCACCAGAGAGGGCGUGGUGGAGGGGGCAGAGUCAAACCAGGAAACAGAAGGGUAUAGUUGGAGGAAAAGCAGCGACAGCUCUAGCAUGGAUUCAGCUGGAUCCAGAGGCAGACCUUCAUGGAUGGGCAGUCCUCCAGAUUCAGUUCUCAACCAAGAGAAGGAUCCAAAACCUUUGGAGGUGACAGAAAGCAGAGUCCAAGAGGAAAGUCCCUCACAGGGGCAGAGUCUGCGUUGGGGCAGGCUCUUUGGAUCGAGUGUUGGUGCUCCUUUGAGGGUGGAAGGAGCUGAACAGAGAGUAAAGCCUCAAAAGACGAGGCCACCAUCGGGUUGGCUCGGUCUGGACAAAUCUGUUCUUGAUCUUGUGGCGCAGACCAUUGUUGGAGGGAGUGGGAAGAAGGCGGAGUCUCCAGCCAUGCCCCCUCACAACAAAACGACAUGUCCGAAACCACAAACAAAAGUCCAAACGACUGAAUCCAAUGGGACAUCUCUGUGUGAAGUACGAGCCUUGUGUCACCAUAUAGCCACUGAGCCGGGCCACCUGAGCUUCAGUAAGGGGGAUCUCCUGCAGGUUCUGAGUAAGGCCGACGCUGACUGGCUCCUCUGCUCCUUGGGAUCAAGCCAGGGCCUGGUUCCUAUCGUCUUUGUCACCCUCAAUGGCCUAGAGGACAGCCAAGCUGGCCUAGUACAGUGCUGAACCAAAGCUGCAUAUUAGAAAACAAAAACAUGAAGACAAAUAGCUUUGGGCAUCCUCUUGUGUACAGGCGUGCAAAAGAAGCAUGCAGGCUCAUGAAAAGUGUGCAUGUGUACAUCCAGAAGACCUGACAUCAACAAAGACACUCAAAAAGGUGUCCAUGAAGCUUCAAGCACACCUGUGUGACUGUUUCAUCCAUACAGCACCAAUUGCUACUUUCAGCAAAAGGAGGAGGAGCUAACCAACCAUAGGUGGUAACAUCAUUAUAUAUAAAUAAACUAGGUCCAUGUCUGUGUUCACGUAGCUGAGCUGCAAUCAGAACAUGAAGUUCAGUUAGUGUCUCCAGUUGAACAACAGAUAGCUUGAUGUGCUGUUGCUUAUUUAGUGUGAAACCGCUUCUUUCAUUUCUGUUGUUAUGGCACAAACAUACUUAAAAAAAAAAAAAAAAAAGCUACCUGUUGUUGACAAUGU